AUGCGCCAACGGCUACAGGCAAGAGCUGCUCCUGUUCCAUUCUCGACUAAUGUACCGCAACACCCGACCCAGGCUGUCGAAUCCCCGCCGAGCCCGCCCGUCGACCGGAACCGCCUGAGCAAGCGCACCAUCGCCCUCGUCCUCCUGUGCCUCCAGAACGCCUCGGUCUCGCUCCUCACCCGCCUCAGCCGCACCUCGACCCGCCCACCGGGCGCUCCCCUGUACGAGCCCGCCGUCGCCGUCUUUACCGCAGAGUGCAUCAAGUGCGCAGUGUCGCUCUCGAUGCUCGCGCGGCAGCGGCAACGUGCGGCGCUGCCGAACGGCAAAGGCGAGGGUAAGCGCGGGCGCGGGCCCAAGUCGGGCCUGGUCGCGCACGCACUGGGCGCCGUGCACGACCUCGUCGCCCACCAGAAGGCCGAGAUGCUCAAGCUCGCCGUACCUGCGGCCCUCUACGCCCUCCAGAACACGCUCCUCUACACGGCCUUGUCCAACCUCGACGCGGCGACGUACCAGACGACCUAUCAGCUCAAGCUCCUCACGACGGCCCUCUUCUCGAUCCUCUUUUUCCGGCGCUCGCUCUCUCGGCUCCGGUGGGCCGCCCUCGUCCUCCUCACAGCGGGCGUCGCCAUCGUCCAGCUCGAGUCGACCGACAUGGCGGCGGGCACGGCGCGACUCGCCGGCACGGCCGACGACGGCCAGGACCGCCGCAAGGGGUUCGCGGCCAUCUUGGCCGCGUGCGUGAGCAGUGGAUUGGCGGGAGCGUGGUUCGAGUGGGUGCUCAAGUCGCCGGCGGCGUCACCGUCCCCUUCCUCUGCCCUCCCUCGUCCCCCUCCUCCUCCUCGCGACGCCCCCUCCUCGCCCGACAAAGCCCCACCCUCACCCCCUCUCGCCCUGCGCGCCAACUCUCCCACCCUCUGGGCGCGCAACCUCCAGCUCUCGGUCCCGUCCCUCUGCUUCUCGCUCGUCGGCGUCGCCCUGUGUGCGCCCGUGUCGCGCGCGUGGGCCAAGGGCGGGCUAGGCGCGGCGGCGACGGCGGCGCAGGGCUUGUGGGCGCCGUUCGAUGCGCUCGUUUGGGGGGUCGUGCUCAACCAGGCGCUGGGGGGGUUGCUCGUCGCCAUGGUCGUCCGGUUCGCCGACAGCGUCGCCAAGGGGUUCGCGACGUCGAUCGCCAUCGUCUUAUCCACCCUCGCCUCGGCCGCCCUCUUCAGCCUCGUGCCCGGGCCCCAGUUCCUCCUCGGCGCAGGACUCGUCAUCGCGUCGACUGUGCUGUACUCGUUGGACAAGGACUGA